CUCCCCACCACUCCCAUGCUCUUCCUGACCUCUCCUCUGCCCUUCACUCCCUCUCUUUCCCUAACACCCCUCCUCUACCACCAUUUCCCCCUUUCCCUUCCUCCCAUCAGGUUCUCGGUGAAAACGCUGCUGGAGAAAUACACGGCGGAGCCCAUCGAUGACUCAUCCGAGGAGUUUGUGAAUUUUGCAGCCAUUUUAGAGCAGAUCCUCAGCCACCGUUUCAAAGCCUGUGCCCCAGCAGGUCCAGUGAGCUGGUUCAGCUCAGAUGGGCAGCGGGGCUUCUGGGACUAUAUCCGGCUGGCCUGCAGCAAAGUGCCCAACAAUUGUGUGAGCAGCAUUGAGAACAUGGAGAACAUCAGCACAGCCCGAGCCAAGGGCCGGGCAUGGAUCCGGGUGGCACUGAUGGAGAAGCGAAUGUCGGAAUACAUCACCACGGCUCUGAGGGACACCCGGACCACCAGACGUUUCUAUGACUCGGGAGCCAUCAUGCUGCGGGAGGAAGCCACCGUCCUCACCGGGAUGCUGAUCGGACUGAGCGCCAUAGACUUCAGCUUCUGCCUGAAGGGCGAAGUGCUGGACGGCAAGACCCCCGUGGUCAUCGAUUACACACCCUACCUAAAGUUCACCCAGAGCUACGACUACCUGACGGACGAGGAGGAGCGGCACAGCGCCGAGAGCAGUACGAGCGAGGACAACUCUCCCGAGCACCCGUACCUGCCGCUCGUCACCGACGAGGACAGCUGGUACAGCAAAUGGCACAAGAUGGAACAGAAGUUCCGCAUCGUCUACGCGCAGAAGGGCUACCUGGAGGAGCUGGUGCGCCUGCGCGAGUCGCAGCUGAAGGACCUGGAGGCGGAGAACCGGCGGCUGCAGCUGCAGCUGGAAGAGGCGGCGGCGCAGAACCAGCGCGAGAAGCGGGAGCUGGAAGGAGUGAUCCUGGAGCUGCAGGAGCAGCUGACAGGUCUGAUCCCCGGUGACCACGUUCCCCUGGCCCAGGGUUCCAAAGAGCUCACCGCGCCCCUGGUCAACCAAUGGCCAUCACUGAGAACGCUCAAUGGGGCAGAGGGUGCCAACAACCCCAAGCUGUACCGGAGACACAGUUUCAUGAGCACGGAGCCGCUGUCAGCUGAAGCCAGCCUGAGCUCAGACUCCCAGCGCCUGGGAGAGGGCAAGCGGGAUGAAGAGCCCUGGGGCCCCAUCGGGAAGGACCCCACGCCCUCCAUGCUGGGCCUCUGCGGCUCCCUGGCCUCCAUCCCCAGCUGCAAGUCCCUGGCGAGCUUCAAAUCCAACGAGUGCCUGGUGAGCGACAGUCCCGAGGGCAGCCCGGCACUGAGCCCCAGCUGAGGAGUGGCGCGAGCAGCGCCGGCCCCACCCGCCAGGGGCAAAGGCACCUGCCGCCUUUCCUGAGUCCCCCAGUCCAGGCCACUUUUCCAGAGAACGCUGCCCACCCAGCCACGGGUCUCUUGUGAAAGGCACCCUUUGCUUCUUGCCCAUUUUAACUUUCUGCCCAAGGAAGUAGGAGCUGCAAAGGGAAGCCGUUUGGGCCAGGACGCAGGGGCACCAUGGCCACAGGGCGCCCUUGGGGAAGAUUGUUCCGUUCUUCUGGUGUCCUUGGCACCCGGCUGGCUUCCUACCGGACUCUUUUUCGCUCAUCCCCACCACCCUCCUCAGGAGCUGGUGGCCCAGCCUCAGCACCCCCACGCCCCAUGCCUCUCCAGUCUGUCCUUGUGUAUCCCCCGGAGUCACUCCUUCCUCAGCCCCCAGGGCAGGGGCUCUGAGGGGAUCAGGCA